GGGGCACCAGUAGUACACGCGUCCCACCGGGCCAAAGAAGUCGCAAACGGCAUGGGGUCGGAGGCAGCGGCGGCGGCGGUGCACGGGCACCGGGUGUCGACGGUGGUGCCGAGCUCGGUGACGGAGGUGGGCAGCUACGAGCUGGCGGACGCGGACCUGGCGUUCCGGCUGCACUACCUACGCGGGGUGUACUACUACUCCGCGGGGGUCACCACCAUGGUGCUCAAGGAGCCCAUGUUCGCCUGGCUUGACGCCUACUACCCUUUGGCCGGCCGCGUCCGCCGCCACGCCGACGAAGCCGACGAUGCCUCGCGCCGCCCAUACGUCAAGUGCAACGACUGUGGCAUCCGCAUCGUAGAGGCCCAGUGCGACCGCGCGCUCGACGACUUGCUCCGCGACGACGCCGUCGAUCGCGUGAAGCAGCUCUGCUACCACCACGUGCUCGGCCCGGAGCUCUCCUUCUCCCCGCUGCUCUUCGUCCAGGUCACCAACUUCAAAUGUGGAGCGAUGGCGCUGGGGUUCAGCUGGGCGCACCUCAUGGGCGACGUGGCGUCGGCGACGACCUGCUUCAACCGCUGGGCACAGAUACUCGGCGGCAAGAAGCCAGUCGCCGUCACCAUGAGCCCCAUCAACGAGCCGCGAGAGAGAAACCGUGCGCCUGCCGCGGUCGCGCCGCGCUCGGUCAAGCCGGUCGGACCCAUCCAAGACCACUGGCUGGUCCCCGCCAGCGUCGACAUGACGUGCUACUCCUUCCACAUUACCGAAACGAUGCUCGAGAGGCUGCGGCAGCAGGAGCCAGCGGCUCCCGGCGGCGUCUUCGAGCUCAUAUCGGCGCUCCUAUGGCAGACGGUGGCCAAGAUCAGGGCCACCGACGAGGUGAAGACGGUGACGGUGGUGAAGACCGACAUGUCCGCCUGGAGCGGUUACUCCCUGGCCAACGAGCAAAAUGUCGGGUACGUGGAGGCGGGCUCUGCGCCGGCCAACACGGACGUGUCCGAGCUGGCUGCGCUGCUGGCCAAGGAUCUGGUCGACGAGACCGCCACGGUGGUCGGCUUCCCGGGGGACGUGGUCAUCUACGGCGCCAAUCUAACGUUCGUGGACAUGGAGCAGGUCGACCUGUACGGGCUGGAGAUCAUGGGGCAGAGGCCCGCACACGUGGAGUACGGCAUGGACGGCGUCGGUCAGGGGGGUGCCGUGCUGGUGCAGUCCGACGCCAGCGGGCGUGGCCGCGUCAUCAUGGUGGUGCUCCCCAAUGACGACGUCCAGGCCCUCCGAGCCGAGCUCAGGAACACGCUCUUCCUGGCUCCCUGAAACCUGAUCAGCUCUGGUGAUCUUCUUAUACCUAUGAUAAUUUCCGAGCAGUUCUUCCUCCCCUAAAGAGCAAAGGCACAGACGUGCAUCAUGUCAUAGUAGGGACGUCAAACCACGUAUUAAGGCCCUGUGUAAACCUUUUCUCUGUAAAAUUUAUCCAUUUUCAUAAAGUAUUUGCUUUGGCAGUUCAGAUUGUACGGUUAGACAUCUCGAGCUCAAAGGAAAUUAAGACUACCUUAUUUUCAGUCC